UCUCAUGUAUGUCCCUAUCCAUUACAAAAAAAAGGGGGAAAAGGAAGAAGGAAAAAAAGGGUUUUUAAGCUAGCGGAAUUCGAAUCGAAACCUACCCACUUGAGUUUUCGUUCCGAUUCCUCUUGGAAUCCCGUAAUUUCACACUGGGAUUUCGUUUUCGUCCCUGGGUUUUUUGUAGAACCCCUCAAAGAUUCUUCCUUUCGCCUUCAAUUCGGCUCUGCUGCCUUUGUCCAAAAGGUGGUUCAGUAAUUUCUAUCCCAAGCCAUUCUCUGCAAACUUCUUUCGGGUUUUGGUUCCAACCAUGGUGACUGGUCCUAAUGGCAAUGUGACAAUGGCGUCAGAUCCUCGGACAACUUACCAAGUCGUGGUGGCCGCAACGAGGGAAAUGGGUAUCGGUAAAGAUGGGAAACUGCCCUGGAAUUUGCCUACUGAUCUCAAAUUCUUCAAGGACAUAACUUUGACCACGUCGGAUUCUGCAAAGAAGAAUGCUGUUGUGAUGGGUAGAAAAACUUGGGAAUCUAUCCCGCCAAAGUAUCGGCCUCUCUCUGGCCGGCUUAACGUUGUUCUCACUCGUUCCGGCGGUUUUGACAUAGCCAACACUGAGAAUGUUUUAACCUGUAGUAGCAUAGAUUCUGCUUUGGACUUACUAGCUGCACCUCCGUAUUGCCUGUCCAUCGAGAGGGUGUUUGUUAUAGGAGGUGGUGAUAUAUUGAGGGAAGCACUGAACAGACCUAGCUGUGAUGCCAUCCACUUAACCGAGAUUGAUGCGAGUAUUGACUGUGAUACAUUUAUACCCCCGAUUGACACUUCUGUAUAUCAGCCUUGGUACUCAUCAUUUCCGAUAGCUGAAAAUGGAAUCCGAUUUUGCUUCACCACUUACGUUCGUGUGAGGAGUUCUGCAGCUGAAUUCUCUGAUCAAAGUGACGGGUCAGAAGCCCUUAAAUUUAAUGUGAAAAGGUUCUCUUUCCUCCCGAAGAUGAUUUUCGACCGGCACGAGGAAUUCCUGUACUUGAAUCUGGUUCAAGACAUCAUAUCUACUGGCAACUUGAAAGAUGAUAGAACGGGGACUGGCACGUUAUCGAAAUUCGGUUGCCAGCUGAAAUUCAAUUUACGCAGGAAUUUUCCACUUCUGACUACCAAGAGAGUGUUCUGGCGAGGUGUUGUUGAGGAACUUCUAUGGUUCAUAAGCGGCUCGACAAAUGCCAGGAUACUGCAGGAAAAGGGCAUCCAUAUCUGGGAUGGGAAUGCGUCGAGGGACUAUCUUGACAGUAUUGGCCUUACCGAAAGAGAGGAAGGUGACCUUGGACCCGUAUAUGGAUUUCAGUGGAGACACUUUGGCGCUAGGUACAUUGACAUGCAUGCUGAUUAUAAAGGGCAAGGGUUCGAUCAGCUGUUAGAUGUUAUUGAUAAGAUUAAGAAUAAGCCGGAUGAUCGAAGGAUUAUAUUAUCUGCUUGGAAUCCUUCUGACCUCAAGUCGAUGGCACUUCCUCCAUGCCACAUGUUUGCUCAGUUCUAUGUUGCAAACGGGGAACUGUCAUGUCAAAUGUAUCAGCGUUCGGCUGACAUGGGCCUCGGUGUACCAUUUAACAUUGCUUCGUACUCCCUUCUCACGUGCCUGAUCGCUCAAGUGUGCGAUCUUGUUCCUGGUGAUUUCAUCCACGUUAUCGGGGAUGCUCAUGUUUACCGAACUCACGUCCGGCCUCUACAGGAGCAACUUCAGAACCCACCUAAACCUUUUCCUAUUUUGAAGAUAAACCCGGAGAAAAAGGGCAUAGAUUCUUUCGUCUCGGGUGAUUUCGAGCUCAUCGGCUAUGAUCCUCACAAGAAGAUAGAAAUGAAAAUGGCGGUUUAGUUCUCUGUUACUGGUACUACUACCUGCAACAAAAGGAAACGGAAAGAAACCUGUAGGAUUCUUGGAAAUGGCCAUUGCCCAUAUUGAAGGUAACUUCCAUGAACCAAGAUCAUUCAAAAUUUUCAAGCUUUUUUUUUUUUUUUGGGUGGUUUUGGGAUUAUAUGUAAAGUGAAGAUGGAUACAGUGAUUAGUUGAAUGAAUUCUGAUAGUCAUUGAGUU